CUGGGAACUCGAGAGUUAGGACUCGGCACCUGGCGUGCAGCUGUCCUUCAGCAAUCCCAGAAGACGCGGAUGAGAAGCAUAGCUCGUUAAUUAACGGCUCAUUGACGCGAAAUGCUUUUCCUGCAGUCGGUGCGUUAACAUUGGUUCUUGUAUUCCGAACCACUGUACCGCGACGAUUUCAUGAGCUUUUUGGACCCGUUUCGGAGAUCGACCCGCCGUUCGCCGCUAUGGCGACUCCGAUCCCUUGCAUCACGGCCGUCCAUUGCGUCGGAUUCAAGAUACAAAUACAACAGCUACAUGCUUUCGUCGCAUUCCCCUCGUUCGGAGUGUUUCGAUCGGGAGCACAGGAUUGCAUCGACAUCUGCUACUAGUCCUUCCUCGCCAAUGCUAUAUCCGAUCGGGUUUAACCUACACCAACCUGCGCGAAACGCAUCCGCCAGGAUUCGAACCCCUGACCGGAACCUCGCGGUAUGGUCUGCCGCUGGGUUGUAUUCCAGGCCAGCAGACGCUCUACAGGCAGAGGCCGCGAUCUCCGGGUCUGAACCAGAUUUCGGGAGCAAGCCAGAAGUAGCGAGGGAAGCGGAGUUGAUAAAGCGUACAGUGGUGAACGAGGAGGGAGGAAGCAAGGGAGGAGGAGGUGAGAAGAGCAUCAGGAGAGGUGGGGAGGAGGAGUUGGUUAAACAAGAAGGCGGGUAUGAGAAGGUUGAGAGGAGUGCAGGGAAAACAGAGGGAAAGAGUGAGGAAGGCGGAAGGAAGAGUAGAGGGAGGGUAGAGUGCGAGAAAAUGGGUAGGGGGGGAGGGAGUAGCGAGGAGGAGGAGGCAGUGGCAGUGAUUGCUGGAGUGCUGAUGGAGAAAUUCGGGCCACAGAUUGUGAGAGAGGAGUUGGAGGAGGGGCCUGGAAACGGGAGGAAUGAAGAUGAAGAGGAAGCAGGAGCAGAAGCGAGUGAGGAGGUGGAGGAGGAGGAUGGCGAGGAGGACGAGGAGAAAGCAGUGGGUACUCUAUUGGAGAAAGAAGGGGCGGAGGAAGGAGAAACAGAGGCGAGUGCGGAGGACUCACCAGCCGCCACAUCUCGUCCCAAACGGCCUACUCCACUCAACAGCGCACGUGCAACCUCUCCCUCCUCCCUCCUCUCCCUCUACCGCUUCUUCUCCUCCCACCUCGGCAUCUCCUCCCCUUCCACUGUCGCAUCUCUCCUUGCCUCCCACCCCCAACUCCUGCGCUCCAAUUCGUGCAAUGACCUCCUGCCACGUGUCCAUCUCCUCCUGUCAUAUGGCAUAUCCCAUGCUGACAUCGUUCACGCCACCAUGAAGAACGCAUCCUGGCUGCGAACGUCCCUCCCACAGAUCCAGGAUAUGCUCGAGUUUCUCUUGGCUCGAGGCGUCUGCCGAACUAAGCUGGGCUCAGUGCUCCUACAUCGUCGAGGCUUAAUUCGCUCGCAGGCUCGUUCAACGAACCUCGACAUUCUGGUAGAGAGAGCAGGGUUUCCCAUGGACAAGCUGGGUGUGCUUAUAGAGAGGCGUCCAGAUAUCUUGUGCCAGAGCAGCAAAUCACUGGUGACUCAGCUCAAGCACUUGUCAGUCUAUUUCACGGAGGCAUGUGGAGGGAAGGUUGAGGGAGGUAGCAUCAGCACAGGCCACCUGAGGCAACGGUCAAGUACUCAGCACCUGGACAACAAUCAUCUGGCCCGACUUAUCUUGAAGUUUCCGAGCAUCCUCUCUUAUUCUCCUCACCGCAUCUCUGCCAGCCUCGCCAUCCUCCAGUCCUUCACUCCCCCAGGUACGCCCUCCAUCGCAACCCGUGUUCUCCGCAACGCCCCCACCAUCCUCAGCCGCAACUCAGAAACUCUCUUAGCUAAGCUCCAGUUCUUUGUGGAGCUGGUGGGCGAAGAGGCAACAGGGAGGAUAGUGCGGAGCCGUCCGGAUGUUCUUGGUCGAUCGAUAGAGAACCUGCAAGGCAAGAUGGCCGUGUUGACUGGUCUGAUUGGGCGAGAGAAUGCCGUGCGUGCGGUGGCACAAUGUCCGCUGCUGCUGAGUUCCAGUGAUGCUAACUUGAAGGGAAGUUUUAGGGAGCUGGUGCGGGAAGUGGAAGACUUACUGGAAGGGAGAGACGGAGAGACAAGUGGAACAAAAACGUUGGAGGUAAGUGAGAAAGACGAUGAGCUUCGAGCGUGUGACACGGCGCAAGAAGUAAAAAAAAGUAAGGCUUGUCAGCUGGUGGUAGAUUUGGUAGUGAAAUGUCCUCAAUCUAUUCUCUGCAGUUGGGAAAGGAACACGAAGCACAAGGUGGAGUACUUAAAGCGGGACAUGGGGCUCUCUAUGAUGGAGGUCCUUCACUUCCCUCUCUUCCUUUCCUUCAGUCUGGAUAGACGAAUCAGACGGAGGCAUCUGGCAUUGUUAGACAUAGGCUAUGUGGUUGUUCCUUACAAAGAGAUUCUGCGGAUGAGUGGAGAGGGAAGAAAGGACUCGAGAGGAGCUCGGGUGAGGCGGACGGAGGAACACGUAUGGGGGGGAAAGGGGAGUGAGGUGGGGAACACAUGGUGUCUGUUGGGAUCCACUCGAGAAGACUGCAAGCCAGGGACAGUAAAUGAAACCCAAGCAGGCAGAAAGGUGUCCCUAAGCCAGCUUAUAAACUGUACAGACAAGAAGUUCGAGGAGAAGUUCAAUGUCAAGCUGUAGAUUCUGGUUUCUGAUGGGCUGGCCCUGGUUAGAUGUGUCAACAUAUAUAUAUAUAUAUGUAUGUAUAUGUAUAUGUAUGUCGGCUAUUUAGGUGCACUACAAUGACUGGAUCCUACUGUAGAGAGGACUGUCAACUUAUACAUACUUGUGCAUGUAGAAGUUAUUGGCUAGAAUAGGUGUGUGUUCUUAGAGA